CCUCAGGAAAAAACACAUUGUUCGUUUGCUCUCGUGCGACACCGAAACUGCGCGCUGUGCUCGGGGUGAUGUUGCUCUUGUGAGGAUGGUGAGCUGGAGUGCGCUGGAGCGCUUUUCACAUAUCAACCGAGAGCGAAAAGACGGGAGUGCGAGCGCACGGGAGUGCCAGCCAGCAGCGCUUGGAAAGAACACUGGAAUAAACAGGCAAAAUAAGAUUUUAAACGUGGAACGCGGUUGAACAACUCUGUGUUUUUUCUGGCUGUCUAACGUUAUUUUUCUGCUCAAGCUUUGGGGAAGAGAAGGAGUGUUCCCGAGAACUGGAUUCCAAUUCACUGGGAACACCCGUCUCUCUCUCUCUCCCCCUCUCUCUCUCUCUCUCUCUCUUUCUCUCCUCUUUCUUCGGGUCUUUUCUCCUGAUCUCCGUAUUGGAAAGUCUUACAGUGAAAAGGAUAUUUCGAUAUUUCGAGUCUAUUUUCUCCGUUGACUUCUAAGGAAUUAUUGCUCUACUCAGAAGAUUAUCUCGGGUGUAUUCUGGGAAUAUUGCCUUGAAUGAGAACCUGUGAGCAUCAUGAGUACCAGUGCCUAUCAGCCGGGCUCCCUGGGUGAUGAGCAGAGCUCUGCACCAAUCCGAUGCCAGCGUUGUCGGGACGUGUGUAAAGGAGAAGUGGUUCGAGUUCAGGACACGCACUUCCAUGUCAAGUGUUUCACAUGCACAGUUUGUGGGUGUGAUCUGGCUAGGUCUGGGUUUUUCCAGAAGCGUGGGGAGUACAUUUGUACCUCAGACUACCAGCGUCUGUAUGGGAGGCGCUGUGAUCGCUGUGAUGGAUUCAUCAGUGGUGAGGUGGUCUCUGCUCUGGGCAGGACAUACCAUCCUACCUGCUUCGUAUGCAGUGUCUGCAGAAAACAGUUCCCCAUAGGAGACAGAGUGACGUUCAGUGGGAAGGCCUGCGUAUGCCAACAGUGCUCCCACACGCUGGUCAACUCCAAUGAGCCCAUAAAGAUCCACGGUCCCAGCCAUUGUGGCGGGUGCGGAGAGGUGAUAAAGCAGGGACAGUCUCUGCUGGCGUUGGAGAAACAGUGGCAUGUCAGCUGCUUCAAGUGUCACACCUGCAACAUGGUCCUCACCGGGGAGUACAUCAGCAAGGACAAGGUGCCUUACUGUGAGGCCGACUAUCACGCCCAGUUUGGGAUCAAGUGCGAGACGUGCCGCAGGUACAUCAGUGGACGGGUGCUGGAGGCGGGGGGGAAACACUACCAUCCUGCAUGUGCCCGAUGUGCCCAGUGUCACAUGAUGUUCACCGAGGGAGAGGAGAUGUACCUGCAUGGUGGGGAGGUGUGGCACCCAUUGUGUAAGCAGGCAGUGAGAGCUGAGAGGAGACUCAGGCACAGACGUCUGUCAGAGACGUCAAUCUCUCCGCCGGGCUCAUCCAUUUGCUCACCGAGUCGGGUCGUCUGCGCCAGGGUGGACAAUGAGAUGCUAGACUAUAAGGACUUGGCUGCGCUGCCUAAGGUCAAGACCAUAUAUGACGUCCAACCACCUGACCUCACAUCAUCCUAUCCGCCCCGGCAGCAUCACCAUCCUACCAUGUCAUCAUAUCAGCCCAAGCAUCAUCCUACCAUGUCAUCCUACCAAUCCUACCCCAGAUUCACCUCAGACGAUUCAGACAACGUCAGCUAUGCAGAGUCACUGGGGACCCUUUCUCCCUACUCUCAGGAGCUGUCCGACCAUAUGGACUUCAGACAGAGGCGCUGUUCCAGCACUAGCAAUAUAGACUCUCCCUCCUUGAGCCGUCAGACCAUGUCACCAGUAACUCCUCGCUCGCAUUGUGGACACCCCGGCUGUGAGAGUGGCAGGAGCUCACCCGAUUAUGGCACGUUAGAAGGGCGGCCUAGCACUCCUACAACAUACCACGCCCCCAAACAUUUCCAUGUGCCAGCCUCAGGGGAACCCAACAUCUACAGGAAACCUCCCAUCUAUAAGAGAACGGACAAUCUCCCAGCUACCAAGAGCAGGACCAGCGAAGAUAUCAUCAAAUCAUCCAGACUCUCUGCCUACUCACCAGAACCUUGCACCCAGUCAGAGUCCAAUUACUACCCUUAUACCAGCUCCCCAAAAGCUUCCCGUGGUCCUAGGAGAAGAUACUCUACAGGAGUAGAUGAGGAGAACUGGAGUGAUGGCAGUCUUCAAAGAAUCCAGAGUGGUAUAGGAAGAAUGAUCCUAAAGGAGGAGAUGAAAGCUAGAUCUGGUUCCUAUGACAACGACCCUUGGGGCAGCACUCGUAACUCCCAAAGCAGUAGCAAGGAGACUCUUAACACCACCGGCUACAACAGCUCCAGCUACAACAACACUGUCAACGGCUACCGAGCUCCUCCGUCACAUUACAACCUAGACAGAGACUCUGUUUACAGAUCAGCCUCUCUGCCUGGAUACAGAAGAAAUGGUGUUAGCAGGCCCCAGAGUGCCGCCCCUGACUACUACCAGCCGUUUGACUGCAGCAGUGAUGUCAGCUGGGUAACCAGAGAAUACAAGGUUUACCCAUAUGAAGUUCUGAUCGUGACCACCAGGGGGAGGCAUAGACUUCCUAAAGAUGUAGACAGAGCCAGACUAGAGCGGCAUCUUUCUCCUGAAGAGUUUCUUCGGGUGUUUGGAAUGACCGUGGCAGAGUAUGACCGUCUGGCUCUCUGGAAGAGGAAUGAAAUGAAGAAACAGGCACGACUCUUCUAACAACAGAGAGAGCAGUUCUAAAAUGGAUAUAAAGUAUCUAAUCAGAAAGCGAGAAAGUUCAAAUGGAGAGAGAUACUGUUGAUGACGAGAGAGUCUUACAGCAGAAAACGUGUUUGUGAGAGACAGAGGCAAAUGUAUAAACUCACUGCCACAAUGUAUCUUAAGGCCUGCACACCACUGCCUGGGGUCCAGACAAAGACAGAGGGGCAAGGAGGUCAGGGGACUUGGUUUUGCCUUACAAUUGUUGAUUAUUUUCUGGGUUAAGUGUGCAGCACCAGCUAACCGAAUGACUAGAAUGUAGAUUUAAUUUGUGCCACUAUAUCUGAACGAAUGAGUGUGUAGGUGGGUGGGUGGGUGAAAAGAUAAAUACAAAAUAAUGACUAGAUGAACAAGAAAUGCAUAAUCACCUUUGCUUUUCUUUUUUAACACACACCUUGUAUCUACUGGUUUACAGGGAUGCUUGCAGUAUAUCCAUUUUUAUUGACAUUCUAUCUUUUUUUGACAUCAUACACAUUUUAUCAGCAUACCAAUAUUUAAUGCCACAUGAACCGUUUUGUGAUCAAUGAGUAAGAAAUGCAUUGAUUUUUAAGAGAACGAAAUCCAAAUAUGUGCAGUUGUAUGUACAGUUGUUAGACGGUUUGGUUCAUACGGAUAUCUGUCACAGCCUUGACAGGUAAGACUUGGUCUAACUAAAGGCUCUUUUGUCCACUGAAUAUAUUAUUCACACAGUGACAGGCUACACACAGAAAUCAUGUAGCUCCGGAGAAUGUAUUCACUACAACAAAAAAACACAUGCUAGACAUGUCUGAGGUUUUCGUGUGAUAGGGCUAAUUGAUUACACAAAGAAAUGUCAGUCUCUGGUAAAGUAAUAAAUACACAUUUGUCAUAGACCAUUGCAUAAAUAUACAUUAAAUGCAGUUCAUUGGGUUUCAGACAUGAAAUGAGAAGAGUGCACAUUGACGAAUGUUAUAGACCAUCGUUGUUUGCUGUUACGAAGAUGUUUCCACUCUCGAUAGUUGGUGGCAGGUUAGCAUAAAAUAAUAGCGUAGGUUUCCCUGGUAACAGAUUAAGCCCAGUCCUGGUCUUAAUUUUUUUUUUUUUUUUUUGAGAGAUUAAUGCUUUUGAGUUCAGGUCUUGUUUUAAUGAAUUGUAAAAUUAUCCUUUUUCUUUUGAGACUACAGAACAUAUUGUGAAUAUGUUUUUUAUUUAUUUAUUGGUAAAUACAGUUCCAUUGAUGAUGUAUGAAGUAUUCCAAUAAAAUGCUGUUUUCAUGUGUGGCCUAAGUGACUUUUAAUAGAUUUUUAUACAGAGAAAUCAGCAAUAAAAGUGCUUUCAAUUGGCCAUUACAUCUGCCCUAUAGGUAGGCCUCUUCAUUCAUUUCAUAUAAACUUGGCCUAUUUUUUUCCUAUUGU